AUGGGACGAUUUAGGAAACAAAUCUGCAGAUUUGUGCUAGAUUACUUUGAUCAGAUGUAUACAAAAGAACUUGGAGACCACUGGCAUACUGUCAGGGAAGUGCUCACAGAUCCUGGACUCUGGCAGUAUGCUGUUUUACUAAAUAAUUUCCAGAACACUGUGACAACAGAGGAUCAUUUGCUUAUGCUGGGAUACCAUAUACUGUCCAGUGACAACUUUUCUAACAACCAAAGAUCGAUAAAAUGCUAUAUCAGCAGGAAACCUGGAAAGUUUCCGUCUCAGCGACAUCAGAGUGGAAAUAUCAAAGACUACUAUAUACUCAAUGCCUCGUCACUUCUCCCAGUUCUGGCUCUAGAUGUCAAGGAUGGUGAGGUGGUCUUGGAUAUAUGUGCAGCUCCUGGUGGGAAAUCUGUAGCAGUUUUGCAGUGUGCAGCACCAGGACUUCUUCAUUGUAAUGAGCCGGAUAUGCACAGAUCAUUGUGGGGCUGAGGAAGACACUGGAAUCCUUUGUGCCGCUGUCCCACAUGAAUGUCCUCUCAACUACUCAAUUAGACGGAAGGUUAAUUGGGAAAUUAUACACCAGCUCUUAUGACAAGGUGUUGGUUGAUGCCCCAUGUUCUAAUGACAAGAGUUGGCUAUUCUCUUCUGAUGCUGAAAGAGCCAAAUCCCGAAUUUCAGAGAGGAAGAUUCUUCCUGUAAUCCAGUCAGAGUUACUCAGGUCUGCAAUCAAUGCCCUCAGACCCGGAGGAACUCUGGUGUAUUCUACAUGCACUCUCUCUAAAGCAGAAAACAGCGAUGUUAUUUCUAAUGUCUUGAACUCCUGCAGUGAUGUUACCCCUGUGGACCUGAAUCACAUGAUCAAAACAUUAUCUCAUGAAUUCACGUUUGCUGAACAGGUCCCCCAUGGACUGCUAGUUAUACCCGAUAAAGGAAAAUCCUGGGGCCCCAUGUUUGUAUCUAAAUUGAUAAAAAUAUAG